AUGCAGUUCUCCACUCUUUUCAUCGCCGUCUUCGCCGCUGCCGGUGCCCUUGCUGCGCCCGCCCCCAACGAGGGUGCUGGCCAGCCCAUUGCCCCCAGGCAGAACGGCACAGAGCCCGGCAUCGGGGAUAUCCCCGGCGUCAACAACCCUACGGGCCAGAACGACCUGUGUGGCUUCUCGAAAGACAUCUGUCGUCCUGGCAGGGGCUUUGCAGACUGCGAUGCCCAGUGCAAGACCUGCGCGGGCAAGUAUGGCAACUACAGCUAUGGCCGCUGCUGCGGUCAGACGAGUCUUUGCACCGGGGGAGAGAACAUUGCCUGA